AUGGGCGCUGGUAACGUGCCCGCCUACGCCAUACUCUCGCACACCUGGCUGUCUGGCCAGGAAGCCACCUUCGACGAGUUUACUGGAGGUCUUGGUCGUGACAAGGCUGGCUUCGACAAGAUCCGCUUCUGCGCACAACAGGCUCAGCAGGAUGAUCUACGGUACUUGUGGGUGGAUACGUGUUGUAUCAACAAGGCAGAUAAUGUCGAGCUUCAGCAUGCGAUCAACUCAUGUUUCGCUGAUGUAUUUGGCGCUGAGCCAACGACUGAGCAUGUACCCAACAUACAUGUAUGGGAAGAAGAGUUUAGGCGAAGCCGCUGGUUUACUCGAGGUUGGACGCUCCAAGAGCUGCUUGCCCCGCGUGUUGCAAGCUUCUACUCUAGAGACUGGAUGCAUCUAGGCGACCGAGACAACCUAAAACAGCUCAUCCACGAGAUCACAAACAUCCCCUGCCCAGUCCUUACAGGAGCACCGUUAGAUAACUUCAGCGUAGAGGAGCGCCUAUCUUGGUCUAACCAGCGUCAGACUACGCGUGUAGAAGACAAGGCGUACUCGCUGCUGGGUAUCUUUGGUCUGUUCACGUUCCUCAACUAUGGCGAAGGUGAGAGACCAAUGCUUUCAAAAGGCUACGAAAAGCGAUCGCAGAAGGCUCGCAGGGAUCGUUCCAGCGACAGGCGUCAACGGUGA